GAAACCAAAAAUGAUGGGCUUACUGUUGAUUUGUGGAGAAUACUGCAGCGCAAUGUCGUAAGUCAAAGACACGUCGAGCUCGUUUUCACUGUCGACGGAGCUUCGCUGAGCUCUAUCAAAAAAAAGUGAAUACAAUCUCGACUUCAAAUUUGGGAUUGCUUAUCUUAGGAAGAAAUUCCAAAAGAAGUACCAAAAUGAUGGCAGUGAAAGACCAGGGAGUAGGGAUGACAAUGAUUCUCGACAGACCCACGUAGGCACUGGCGAUAACAAGAUGGUCGUAGACCAGAUUGAGGAAAUCCCAGGACCAAGUGGAGUCGGGGAAGCAAAAACAAACCGUAAAGCUACUGGUCACACUGCAAAUACUGUCGGCGCUAAAAAAAGUGAAAAGAAACCGACAAACAAAGGAUUUAACCCAGAAUACCGAGAACUGAAGAUUCCAGAUGGGAAAAAUCUAAAUAAGGGGUGUCGCACAACCAAGUAAGGGGAUGAAGUAAAUCCCCGCUCAAGCGGCGAACAACGACAUCUUCAACAGCAAAAAAAUUAAGUUCAUUCAAGUGAAUCUUCACCAUGCGAAGGGAGCAACUGCUGUACUUUGCAGAAGAUUUACGAAGAGCAAACUGGAUAUCGCAUUAAUCCAGGAGCCAUGGACAACUAACAGUAGGAUAGCAGGAAUUCCUACAUCUUAAUUUAUAAAAAGAGACAUCGUCGCAGUAAUGGUGGAGGUGCCAACAACCAAUGGCAAAACGGAAAUCUACGUUGCAUCAGCAUACUUUCCGGGAGACAUAGGAGAAGUUCCUCCACCGGAAGUGGUAGAGUUUGUUGCAUACUGCAACACACAAAAUAAAGCGUUUAUAAUUGGCUGCGAUGCAAAUGCCCAUCACACGGUAUGGGCAAGCACGGGCAUCAAUAGCAGAGGUGAGUACCUUUUAGAUUAUAUCUAUAACAAUGAAAUAGACAUAUGUAAUAGGGGAGAAGCACCAACAUUUAUAAAUGCAAUAAGGCAGGAAGUACUUGAUUUAACAUUGUGUAGUCCGAAAAUCUCGGAAAAAAUAAAAAAUUGGCAUGUAUCUGAUGAAGCAUCAUUAUCGGAUCAUAUGCAAAUCUUAUUCGAGUAUGAGGCUGGUCAACAACUCACACAAACUAUAAGAGAUCCCAGAAAAACAAACUGGGAGCUUUACAAUUCAGAGCUGAGAGCUGGAGUAAACACAUUACAAACAUCCUCAAAAUCAUGCACAGAACUUGAAGAAAGUUCAAAACAAAUAUCAAAUUUGAUUUUGAAUGCAUUUAAUAAAAGUUGCACUGCUAAAGAACGCUGGUGGAAUAACCGAUUAGCCAAACUUCGAAAGAAAACCCGGAAAAUGUUUAACUGGGCUAAACGAACUCAACAGUGGGGCCCAUAUAAGGAAUCCCUUACAAAUUAUAAUAAAGAAAUAAGAAGAUCAAAAAGGAUUAACUGGAGGCAUACAUGUGAAAGCAUUGAAACUACUCCAGAAACCGCCAGGUUGCAAAAAAUCCUUGCAAAGGAUCAUUCUAACGGGUUGGGAACACUGAAAAAAGAAAAUGGGACUUUUACAAAUUCUGCAAAUGAAACGUUAGAGUUGAUGAUGAAAACACAUUUUCCCUGUUCAGUAAUCAAUUCAACUGAAGACCAGAGUUCAGCUGUAACAGAAACUGGCGUUAUUGAAACCAGGACCUUGGAGUUCAAGUUCAUGGGAUGA